AAUUCAGGAGAAAAGGCUGAUAGGAAAUAAGAAGUGCGGAGCUCGGCCUGUGAGGGAGAAAACAUCGCAGUCAGUGUAAGCAGGGCCUACAGAGAGGAGAGGACUGUUUAGGCCCGAGCGAAGAGAGCAACGAGGCGACAAAAUAAAGUCACGUGAUCCAAAAUGGGCAGUCCUCUGACGGUGCUGAAAAAAAGCCAUUUUCUGGCGCCGCUGCACAAUUCUGCUCAAGUGCAAAUAAUUUCUCCCGGAGUCCGGCUGGGAGCGAACUUUAAUGUCUGACCAGAUCUGCCCUGAUGGAUAAAAUGCAGCCGAACCGGGUCAAAAUCACAGAUCUGAACCCCCUGCUCACGUGCCCGCUGUGCGACGGCUACCUGAUCGAUGCUACAACCAUCGUAGAGUGUCUGCACUCCUUUUGUAAAACUUGCAUUGUUGCCUUUCUUGAGACAAAUCAGUUCUGUCCUCGCUGUGAGGUCCAAGUGCACAAGACAUGUCCACAGCUCAGCAUCAGAGCGGACAAAACUCUGCAAGAUAUAGUUUAUAAGCUGGUUCCAGGGCUGUUCAAAGAUGAGAUGAAAAGGAGGAGAGACUUCUACGCGGAGAACCGGGAGCUGGAACCGGGCGAGGUGGUGGAGACGUUUAACAUAGCAGAAGACGAAAUCAUCAGUCUGUCCAUACAGUUCUACCAGAGGAACAGGAGCAACGAAAGGCAGCGAUCGGAGAUCGAAGGAGACAAGUCCAACGGGAAACGCUUCCUUCAGUGCCCAGCAGCUAUGUCCAUCACACACUUGGCAAAGUUCCUCCGCAGCAAGAUGGACAUCCCAAACAAUUAUCGGGUGGAGGUGUUGUAUGGGGACGAGCCAUUAAAGGACUAUUACACACUAAUGGACAUCGCCUACUUCUACGAGUGGAGAAGAACCGGACCCAUUCCCUUGCAGUACCUGGUCAAACCCGCCCGGAAACGCAGGAGGCCUUCGCAGACCACCGCCCAAGCAAAAUCUGAUGGUACCAGCCCCGCGUCGGAAAGCGACUCUCAUAGCGACAAACUCCACAAUCCUGCAGCACCACAGCCUCCCAGAGCCCCUUCCCAGACAAGCCCCUCCUCCCACAACGUUUCCGCCGCCCUCCAAAGCCCAAACGGCACCGCUGCGCCCAGCAGCACUCAGCGACAUGCCCUCGCCCCCAAGCAGGCCUCCGGCAGCCGGAAAGUGACUGUCAAUGGCACGAGCUCCACCGCCGGCAAAGAGGAGGCGCGGGGAGGCGACAAAAGCGGUGCGCCCCCGACGACCUAACACCUACAGGGGUAACGCAGGGGAGGACAGUGAUCUUUAAACUGCUCCCUUUAAUUUCCUCAUGGAGCCGACGGAGGCUCCAGCUUUCAUCCCUCCGGACGGGCAGGAGGCGGAUCAGAGGGAAAGACCGAGACGUGCAGCCAAAUAGACUCUCGUAUGUAUGUGCGUGUUUUUGUGGUAGACUAGAGCCGUGCACACAUACAAACUGUACAGUAUGUAUCUAAUGUCAGCAUGUGUGCGUACAUAUGUAUAAACUUAUCUUUUAUACAAGAUAUCGUAACCGUUUUUGUAUUGUAAACGCAGUGGGUCCGUUUCAUUUCAACUUCUGCCGCAGAAUCAUCAACGCUUCUUGUGGUGCUAGUCGCCGCGUUCAGUUGAAUGUCGAAGGAAGAAAAUAAAAAUAAAAAACGGUUAAAAGAGUUUCUCUGAAAGCGUCCGAAUAAUAAGCAGCACCUCUUCAGGUUGCAUGUACAUUUAUGGAAAACAGUUGAUGCACUUUUUAUGUGAAGGUCCCCAGCCGGUUAUUCUUCUCAGCUGGAGAGUUUUUCAGCUGUAUUAUCACACUCGAGUCCAAGCACUACCAAGCUGGCGGGUGAGGUGUCCGUCAGCCUUUGUCUAUAGAACCGGGAGAAUAAGAAGGGAUUUUGGAAAUGUUUUGCCAUGUAUGUUGUUCCGUACAUUUCAGCAUUCCCGUUCCGUUGCUUUUCAACAGAUUCGUUUUUGAAAUCAGCCAUAUGUGCAUGUUGUAGGUCAAUAAAAUGUUUACUUACUAGGUUUUCCUGACCUGAGCCUCCUGUUUUCUAAAUAUCUCUUUUCAUCCAGAGGAAAUAUCUGACUUAGCUGGUUCAUAUAUGUUACAUACUUUUCAUCCACUCCUAUUGGGUAUUUUUUAUUUAUUUUAUAGGUUUUGUUUUGUGUUUCCAGAGUGGGGGGGUUGUGUAACAAAACUAAAAUUGAGCUACUUUUGUUUAAUGUGAAUCUUAUAUCAUCCACACAGCAAAAUUGAACUCAUUUAUGCACAUUUCUGUAGCACGUUGCUUUUUGAACACACUUCUUUUCAGAAAGGUGGAAAUAAAUGAUAAAUAUCUUGGAUUUGUAGCAAAUAACAAGGUUUGAGAAUCCCCAUGUAUUUCGGAAGGUUAACUCAUAAACCAGGUUUUACUCAGUCUAAUAUAAUUGAAACCAGUCUUACCGACACACCCUGAUGUGUACAAGUUUCACACGUUGAACUGUUUUCAAACAAGGGUGUAGAGUUCAGAGGAAAUCCUCCUUCAUUCCAUCCAGUUCAUGUCAUACGUCCGGCCUACCGUCAGCGAAAGAAUCCCACAGAACAAUCCUGCCACCACCAUGACUAAUAGUUGGUUCAGUGUUCUCUGAUCCUAAAGGCUGAGUCACUGCAGCCAAACAGGUCAACCUCGAUUUUGUCCAAUCAUCGUUUUAACUCGGAAAGCAUUUGGAUCUCUUUACUGAGAAUAGAUACCAGUGUGUUUCCUGCCUCUGAAGAUCUUCCAUCUUUGAAAUAAACAGUUUUGCUCAGGAUGAGUUUUCAUCUUGUGCCACUUUAAGGCCCACAGCAUGAUUCUUCCUAGCAGCAUCUUUCCUGGCUCCAAAAAACCUCAGCAGCCUCAGUGAAUCUGCAAAUCCUCAUCAUUGACUUUCCAAAUUUGACAGCACAAAUCUAAAGUUUGCUUCCAAACUAUUUUUUUAAAUGCAACCUAAGAGGAACUAUUAAAGGUAUAGUGGAGGAUUCUCGCAAAUUUUUGAAAAGAAAUGCCUUCUCCAAUAAAAAAAAUAAUAAUUCAGCGCUCAUACAAGCUUACUUCCCAUGCAUAUAGCCAUGCUUUAACCUGUUUGUGUGAUGCUAACCAUGUGUGGAUGAGACACGCCUGUAAAUAAACAUU